AUGGACAAGCUCAAGGCCAAGAUCAAGUCCCUCCUGGGCGACAAGAAGUCCAAGACCACUGAGAAGCCCGCUCCCACCACCACCAACGGUUCCAGUGCCGUCCCCAAGCCCACUCCAACCGACACCGCCGCCGCGCCAUCUACCGCCGAGCCCACUACUACUUCUGCCCCUCCGGCUGCAGCAGGCGCUCCCGUAGCUGCUGAGUCCAAGGCUCCCGAGCCCGCUGCUCCCGCUCCUGGCGCUACUCCCGCUGCCGAGCCGCAGAAGGACGAGGCUAAGGCUGUCGCUGCUGCUUAG